AUGAGAUCGUCAGCCUGCCGGCUCUCCAGUUUUUCGAGAGACACACUAUGGAAUCGGAUGCCGGACCAGAUCUCCGUGUCCGAGUUCAUCGCCGAGACCACCGAGGACUACAACUCGCCCACGACGUCCAGCUUCACCACGCGGCUGCACAACUGCAGGAACACCGUGACGCUGCUGGAGGAGGCGCUAGACCAAGAUAGAACAGCUUUGCAGAAGGUGAAGAAGUCUGUGAAAGCCAUCUACAACUCUGGUCAAGACCAUGUACAAAACGAAGAAAACUAUGCCCAAGUUCUGGACAAGUUCGGGAGUAAUUUUUUAAGUCGAGACAACCCGGACCUUGGCACCGCUUUUGUCAAAUUUUCGACUCUUACAAAGGAACUGUCCACCCUGCUGAAAAAUCUGCUCCAGGGGCUGAGCCACAACGUGAUCUUCACCUUGGACUCCCUGCUGAAAGGAGACCUCAAGGGAGUCAAAGGAGAUCUCAAGAAGCCAUUCGACAAAGCUUGGAAAGAUUAUGAGACAAAGUUCACGAAAAUUGAGAAGGAGAAGAGAGAGCAUGCGAAGCAGCACGGGAUGAUCCGCACGGAGAUCACGGGGGCGGAGAUCGCGGAGGAAAUGGAGAAGGAGCGGCGCCUCUUCCAGCUGCAGAUGUGCGAGUAUCUCAUCAAAGUCAACGAGAUCAAGACCAAAAAGGGCGUGGACCUGCUGCAGAAUCUCAUCAAGUACUACCACGCCCAGUGCAAUUUCUUUCAAGAUGGCUUGAAGACGGCUGACAAGUUGAAACAAUACAUUGAGAAACUGGCUGCUGACUUAUAUAACAUAAAACAGACCCAGGAUGAAGAAAAGAAACAGCUAACCGCCCUCCGGGACUUAAUAAAGUCCUCUCUCCAGCUCGAUCAGAAAGAAGAUUCCCAGAGCCGCCAGGGGGGGUACAGCAUGCACCAGCUCCAGGGCAACAAGGAGUACGGCAGCGAGAAGAAGGGGUACCUGCUGAAGAAAAGCGACGGGAUCCGCAAAGUGUGGCAGAGGAGGAAGUGCGCGGUCAAGAACGGGAUGCUGACCAUCUCCCACGCCACGGCUAACAGGCAGCCAGCCAAGUUGAACCUCCUCACCUGCCAGGUGAAGCCAAAUGCCGAGGACAAGAAGUCUUUUGACCUGAUCUCACAUAACAGGACGUAUCACUUCCAGGCAGAAGACGAGCAGGAUUACGUAGCAUGGAUCUCGGUGCUGACAAACAGCAAAGAGGAGGCCCUGACCAUGGCCUUCCGCGGGGAGCAGAGCACGGGCGAGAACAGCCUGGAGGACCUGACCAAAGCCAUCAUCGAGGACGUCCAGCGGCUGCCUGGCAAUGACGUCUGCUGUGACUGCGGCUCCUCGGAACCCACCUGGCUUUCGACCAACCUGGGUAUUUUGACCUGCAUCGAAUGUUCUGGAAUCCACAGGGAAAUGGGGGUCCAUAUUUCCCGCAUUCAGUCUCUGGAACUAGACAAGCUGGGAACUUCUGAACUCUUGCUGGCCAAGACCAUCGGGAACAAUAGUUUCAAUGACAUUAUGGAAGCCAAUUUACCCAGCCCCUCACCGAAGCCUACCCCGAUGAGCGACAUGACCGCGCGGAAGGAGUACAUCACGGCGAAGUACGUGGACCAUCGCUUCUCCAGGAAGACCUGCUCCUCUCCGUCGGCUAAGCUGAACGAGCUGAUGGAGGCCGUGCGGUCCCGGGACCUGCUUGCCCUCGUCCAGGUCUACGCGGAAGGCGUGGAGCUCAUGGAGCCGCUGCUGGAGCCCGGGCAGGAGCUCGGGGAGACCGCCCUUCAUCUUGCAGUCCGAACUGCAGACCAGACAUCUCUCCAUUUGGUUGACUUCCUUGUCCAAAACUGCGGGAACCUGGACAAGCAGACGGCCCUGGGGAACACGGCCCUGCACUACUGCAGCAUGUUCGAGAAGCCCGAGUGCCUGAAGCUGCUGCUCCGGAGCAAGCCCACCGUGGACGUGGUGAACCAGGCUGGAGAGACUGCCCUCGACAUAGCAAGGAGACUGAAAGCCACCCAGUGUGAAGAUCUGCUUUCCCAGGCCAAGUCCGGAAAGUUCAACCCGCACGUGCACGUGGAGUACGAGUGGAACCUGCGCCAAGAGGAGAUGGACGAGAGCGACGACGACCUGGACGACAAGCCGAGCCCCAUCAAGAAGGAGCGCUCGCCGCGCCCCCAGAGCUUCUGCCACUCCUCCAGCAUCUCCCCCCAGGACAAGCUGGCGCAGCCGGGGUACGGCACCCCGCGGGACAAGCAGCGGCUCUCCUACAGCGCCUUCCCCAACCAGAUCUUCCCCUCCACGAGCACGGACUCGCCCACGUCGCCCACCUCAGAGGCACCUCCGCUGCCUCCUCGAAACGCCGGCAAAGGUCCCCCCGGCCCGCCUUCCACGCUCCCGCUCGGCAUGCAGUCCUCCGGCGGCGGCACCUCCACCCUGUCCAAGAAGCGGCCCCCGCCGCCACCCCCCGGGCACAAGAGAACCCUGUCGGACCCUCCCAGCCCACUACCUCACGGGCCCUCCAGCAAAGGCGCGGUUACCUGGGGUAACGACAUGGGUCCAUCCUCGUCCAGUAAGACCACAAACAAGUUCGAGGGGCUGUCUCAGCAGGCAAGCACCGGUUCCGCGAAGUCUGCCCUUGGCCCGCGAGUUCUGCCUAAACUACCUCAGAAAGUGGCCCUCCGGAAGACCGAGACCAGCCACCAUCUCUCCCUGGACAAGGCCAGCAUCCCGCCCGAAGGCGCCCUGAAACCGGCACCGCCGGCAGACCUGCCCCCGAAGCCCACCGACCUGGCGCCCAGGCCCCAGAUCGGAGACCUGCCGCCGAAGCCGGGAGAACUGCCGCCCAAGCCUCAGCUGGGCGACCUGCCCCCCAAGCCCCACCUCUCAGACCUGCCCCCCAAACCGCACAUGAAGGACCUGCCCCCCAAGCCGCAGCUGGCAGACCUGUUGGCCAAGGCCCCGCCCGCCGACGGCGCCCUCAAGGCGCACUCGCUGGACCUCUCCCCGAACGUGCCGGCCCGGGACGCCCUCCAGAAGCAGGCCUCCGAGGACGCCAACGACCUGACGCCCACCCUGCCCGAGAUGCCCGUGCCGCUGCCCAGGAAGAUCAACACGGGGAAGAACAAGGUGCGGCGCGUCAAGACCAUCUACGACUGCCAGGCCGACAACGACGACGAGCUGACCUUCCUCGAGGGCGAGGUGAUCGUCGUCACGGGCGAGGAGGACCAGGAGUGGUGGAUCGGCCACAUCGAGGGAGAGCCCGAAAGGAAAGGGGUCUUUCCCGUGUCCUUCGUCCACAUCCUGUCCGACUAG